AUGGCAGUCAAAAUAUUACCACGUUCUACUUUUACAAAUUCACUUAUUAUUACAGAGUCGUCAUUCUCUAAUAUACCAACUCCAGACUCUACUUCACAACACUCGUCAUUCUCUAAAUACUCUCUUCCUUCAUCAAAAUUUACUUCUUCACCACCUGUGCAUACUCCAAUCUACUUCUCUCCCCCUUUCUCUCGAUCAACAUCGUCAAGAGUAAUAACAAACUCAAAAGGAUCGACAGAGGAAUUAUUCAGAAAGGCGUUCUUUUACUCCAACACUUUGCUUUAUGCGUAUUCUGAUGCUUUGCUCAAACAUGACGUGGUCGAGUCUCAAGUCAAUGCCCUUGUUGAUUACUAUGCGUCGCGCGGGAAGAUCAAUCAGUUGAUCAUCGAGAUGGCCAAACGGGAGAUCGACUCGACAUGCAAACACAACUUCUUGUUUCGAGGAAACUCUCCUUUUACACGUGUUUACAGUGCUUAUUUGAAGAAAUACUGUGUUGAUUUAUUAAAUGCGACUUCGGUCAGUCUUCUCAAUUUCUAUGAAGUCGAAAUAGUGACUGAUCGACUUCAGAAUGGGAGUAAAGCAGAGAUUGAGUUAACGAAGACACAAUUAGUUGAAGGGUUUAGUCAACUUGUCUUUGAUAAUUUGACACGAAUUCCCUUUCACCUUCGCUGUGUUUUGCGUUCUAUUUAUCAUCGAGUGACUGAGAAACGUUCGGCAAUAGAAGCUAGAAAUGCCGUCUCGACACUUUUCUUCUUAAGAUUCUUGUUAACGCCAUUUACAGCACACUCGGAGAUUCUUAAAAUCCUCCAAAUGGAAGUGAACAAAGUCUUCAUCCAAAGAGAAGGAAUCGAACCAAACAAAAAUCUGAAAAUGGCGAUAGAUGGCUUAAUGAUGAUCAUCUUGUCUUCACCAAUAGGGUUUGACGCAGGUCUUGUCUCGUCUAAAUUACAAGAAGCGUCUCUCCUCAAGAUCGUUGAUACUGUCAAGAUGGAGAUGAAGAAAAUUAACAACAAUUUCGACGGAGACUUCAGCGACAUCUUUACAGCUGUCAAAGGGCGGUGUGAUCCUUGUUUGACUCAAAACGUCAAUUUUGCUGUCUCCGAGUUUAUGACUUGGGUCGAAGACGAGGAGCGACUGUCUGUCGAGCUUAACACAAGUCUUCGUACUGAAGUCGAGAAGCUCAAAAGAGUAAAUCAGUUCCUUCGAAGCAAGCUCAACAUGCUUCAAUAA